AUGGACUCUCAAACGAUCUCUCACCAUGCUUCUGGAAACCAAGCAAAUCACAAUUCGUUGCAAGUCAACGGAGCCAUCGGAGACCGACUAGAGAUUCGAAAAGCUGUCAUAAAAACCUUGAAUCUUAGUCCCCUUCAAGCAGUAGCCUCAACGUCAUCUACCAUCAAGGAAGAUUUCUAUUUUGGACAGAUUCCGGCUCUUGACGAGGAUCAGGAUGAAGAUUUUGAAUUAGAGGUCAUGCAAGAACUGCCACCGGGUAUUUCAGAGGCCGAUUUCCAUUACAUCAGUGAGAUCAACGGCAGUCUAAUGGAGAAAUACGAAAUACUGCUAGACCGAACUCCUCACAUGAAGGCGACGUGUGUGAAGCAACUCUAUGACAAGGCCAGUGAUCAGAAAGUGAGAAUUAAGGUUCACAUGGCACUUGUAGAACAAUGGUUUACAGCUACGAAAAAGACUCAGCAAAACGAAGGGCCAACAGGUGAAAACAGCAUAGAGGAUCUGAAACAUAGACUUGUCAGUAUACGUGACAAACUACAGGAUGCUCUCAGUUCAUUCUCGCGAGUUCCCACUCGAAGUCGGGGUCGAUCAAGUGAACGUAAAAUUCGAAAUUCAAGGAUCUUCAAGGACCUCGAUAAGCUCAUCGAAAAGAUUGGAUUUGAUGUUUCCGCUAUUGAAAGCUUGGUCUACCGGCUUUCAAACUGUCAACCAGCAUCUCAAUCAACAACGAGCUAUACCAGGCUUUACAUUUCAAGUUCAGCCACGAAAACGCUCUAUCGUCACUUGUGCGAAGCUUGCCCAGUGAACGGCCAAGAGCAAGCACACGGACAUACGGCUCUUGUUGGACUUGUGCCAGUUCAAGAACAGGAGCCGCUUUGUAUCAAUCCAAAUGACGUUGCCAUCACUGGCCAUCACGUUGCUAUAGAGUCCAACUUUAACAAGGGAGAUUACAUCUGGUUUGAGGCUCACUCCAGAUUGGUCCUCCCGGGGGACGAGGGUGAUGCUGUCUACUCAGAGCCGUCUUCGCCUUUGGUUACAGUAAUGAAUGGGCUUCGUCAACGUUGGCGCCGUGACUCUGGAUACUCAUCUAGCACUGCGUUGUCGUCAAAUCAGCGCAUACAAACACCACAAAACGUUGCCGAAUUUUGUCGGGUUCAGGUAUGCCCUGGAAGUCUUGCACAAGGCAGCGAUCGUCUAGCCAUGUGUAUCGCUGUUGAUCGGGAUAGCGGCCACCAGAUAUUCUACCUGGAUGAGAAUAAGCGACCAAAAAGAAGUUGCAAACCUCUCACUCUCUCCAAAAUUAUACGGGAGGGGGAUCAGAGAAGGCUGCAGUCGAAGAAGGGAAAGAAAUAUCGGCGCUAUCUCACUCUCUUCCACCGUAGUCGAUCGCUUCGAAACAACCGUUUCAGACUGGCUUUAAAGCUUGCCGAAGCGACUCUCCGAUAUGGCUGGCGAGAAUGGCUUGGUGAUGGAUGGGGUACGCAGGAUAUCAAAUUCUAUCCCAUCGAAUCUGAAAAGAUGCCAUUUCUGCGGGCCGCCAUGUUUGAUCACGGAUCUACAAGGCCAAAAAGGUUCAUGUACCAUCUCGGACAUGUUCUUCUGGAGCUUGGGCUUUGGAAGGAGCUCAAAGGGCAGAUUAUACAGCAACAGCUGGAUAAGGAAUUGAGUCGCCUGGGAACCGAGACAAGUGUUCAAUACCAGGAAGCAGUUCGAUACUGCAUGGCUUACGGCGAAAGCAGCGACGAUGAACAAAGCGACUAUGAAAUGUUCCAGCGAAGCUUUUAUCAGUCGGUCAUUAGUCCUCUCAGGGAAAUGGUUAAGCGUGGUGAAAUGAAUGACAUGGAAUGCCAGGAUAUUUCUGACUAG